UUCUCUUCCCCCCCCCCGCCCCCCUCCUUUUCUUUCCCCUACUCCUCUCUUCCCAAGCUGGAUCAGUGUGUAGGGAGGGCAGUCAUCACGCCAUCCUGAGCAGCAAGAGCUGACAUUGGACGAAGCUGCCAGGUAGCUGAAAAAAGGCACAGAAGGCAGCUGAUACCCACUUUUCAACGGUUUGUGUGUUUUUUUUAGUCUGUAUCUGGACUUCAAGCAACACAGCGCCUGAGACAGCUCAUCUGAACCACGCUGUAUUGCAAUACUCGCUCUUCUCAAAGAAAAAGACUCCACUGAGCAGCAGAAUGCUGCCAGUGUCGCAGCCAGGUCUACAAUACAGAGCCUUUUUGUAACAUUGCACAUUUCUUUCUGUUCAGAUAUUUGAAAUACAUACUUACACUUAUAUAUCAGUUCUUUCUUUUCUGAGGACACCUUUGGCUUUCUUUUUUUUUUCCCUGAUGUGACUUCUUCAUCUUGGAAUGAUGGGGAUCUUUCUAGCUUAUAUUGGAUUCAUUUUCUUUUCAGUUAUGUAUAUUCAACAAGGACUUUCUACCCAAGCAAAAUUCACAGAGUUUCCCCGAAAUGUCACGGCCACUGAAGGGCAGAAUGUGGAGAUGUCUUGUGCUUUCCAAAGUGGCUCUACUUCGGUGUACCUUGAAAUCCAGUGGUGGUUUCUGCGGGCAGCUGAGGACCCAGAGGCUGGAGCUGAGGUGACAGGCACUCAGAUGGAGUUCCUGCCCGAGCGGGACCUGGACAACGACGGCACGAAGAUCAGCACAGUGAAAGUACAAGGGAACGACAUCUCCCACAAGCUGCAGAUUUCAAAAGUGAGGAAAAAGGAUGAAGGCUUGUAUGAGUGCAGGGUGACCGAUGCCAACUAUGGAGACCUUCAGGAAUACAAGGCCCAGGCGUUUCUCAAAGUCAAUGCUAACAGCCACUCUCGGCGAAUGCAAGCCUUUGAGGCAUCCCCAAUGUGGUUGCAAGACAUGAAACCUCGUAAAAACAUCUCAGCAGCUGUCCCAAGUAGCAUCCACAAUUCUGCCAAUCAGCGUGUACGUGCCACCUCCAGCCCCGAAGCAGCAGCCAAAAUCCCCAAACAAAGUCCACAAUCAGGUGCGAGGAUAGCUACAAGCCAUGGACUUUCUGUCCUGCUUCUUGUUUGUGGCUUUGUGAAGGGUGCUUUGCUUUAAUCUAAAAGUGCUGACUUUUUCCAAUAUCACUUUCUCUUCUUAAAGCAAAGAGCAAAUCGCCUGUAAAAUCCACGGAGCGGACAGCAAAGUUGACCCUAACCUCCAACCACCACUCUGCACCCAAUGUACUCUAAAUCUCUACACAAGGAGCACCUUCUUCAGGAAGUACAAACAAAAUUACUAAAUAAAUAAAAUAAAAUAAAAUAAAUAUUAUAAAAAAAGAAGAGGAUACCACAUGUUAUCUUAUUUUCUUUGGCUUAUCACUGAUAUUUUCCUUGAAGAGAACUGGUGUGAUGUAAUCAAACGUUUUGUAACAGCAAGACCUAGUUUCCUUUUCUUUCGGCAAGGAGAAGCCUCAUCCUUGACUUCUCAGGGGUUGGCCUGCGAGUCCUCAGUAUUACAGAAUUAACCAUGAAUGACAUUUGGUUUCCUAUGCUGAAGGAACCGUUCCAGCCUGGAAGCAAAAAGAGGCCAAAUAAUGAAACAAACUAUAGUGAUUGAACAUAAAGAGUAUACACACAAACUUUAUCAAAAAGCCUUUUUUUCCUUUUCUUUUUUUUCUUUUUUUUUUUUUUUUUUUGCAUGAGGAGUAGGAAUAUUCUACUAAGCAGCUCAGCAGAUGAGGGGAUGUUGUUUCUGAAAAACCUAUGAGGAUAUUUUUCUUUUGAGUUUUUUUUUUUUUCUUUUUGCUUUCCAGUAUAUUAUUCUUUCCCCCCUUUGAGGUUUUUUCCUGUCUUUCUGUUUGUUUCUUGUUCAGUGAUGGCAAGUACCAACUUAGGCCAACCCCUGAUGACUACGUGGAGGUUUAUAUAUAUACAUCUCUUUUUUUGUGUGUGUGCGUUCUAUAUUUCAGUGUGUUUUCUCUAAUUUUGCAACUCCUGUAUAUGCAAAACCAACUUAAAUUCUGUAAAUUGCUUACAGUCUGUGUGAUAUAACUUCAGAGUAGACAUACUUUGGUCCUCAUGCAAGCCAGUUUUUAAUAUUAUCUAUAUGUCGUGCCACCAAGAAACAUCUUUAUUUCCUUUUUUGACAAAACACCACUUUUUAGUUUUUAAUUCAGUAAUGUGUGGAUUUUGUAAUGCAUAUCUUCACUUUGACUGGUUUGACCCCCUUCAGCCCUCUGUUUACUCUGUAAAUGCACAUUAAAAUUUGUUAUGGUCUCUAGACAAUGAAUUAUUUUAGUUUGUAUGUUGUGUUGAAGUUCAGAUGCUGAAAGCUUUUUGAACUUGUGAUGUUUAUAGAAGAUGAAGUGAUUCAAUCACUAGAGACUGUAAAAUGCAGCUUUGCAGUCAAAUGCUGCACAUAAAGGAAGGUUAGAAACAGAAAACAGACAAAUAAACCAGAACAUGUCUUUAAGGAUGUUCCUUUGGUAAAGAGUUUUAGGAAAGUGAAUUUCUUACACUGAUAAAAUAUAUUUGCAUCACAGCUCCUUCUACAUGGCCAAAGAAGUGUCUUUCUUUGCUUUUUCUGAAAGUGGAUUGUCAUUACUCAUUGAUAUUCUUAAUUAAAAUACUUUUUGUCUGUGAACUGAAUGUGAGAAUUUUGCUGUUGAAUGAUGUAAUAUGUGUUACAUGAAUUACAUUCAUUAAUGCAGGAAGCAAAAAUUGCUACCAUUUGCAGCUGCAAUCAGGAAGGUUUUUUGCUUUUUCCCAUCUUUCCACUGAUGCUGAAAAAUUCACACCCUUUCAUUUAUCAGCACAGACAAUCACAUACACCACAUGCUUAUUAUGAUCUAUUUAUAGCAGCAUUAAGUAGCUGCAGUGUGGUCAGCUGUGUGAUUUCUCCUCACUUUGUAAGUACUGCAGAAGAAAUUUUAAAAGUAUGUUUAUAAUCUCACCAGUCUGUGGUCUACAGGCCUAACAUUUUAUAUCAAAAUGCUUGUAAGUCCUAUGUCUUCCCCCAUUACUUUCAAAGGACGAAGAAUAAAUAAAGGCAUGGAAUCAAUAUUUUGUUAACCCAGUGCUUCAGAAAAGGAUAACAUAUUUGUGCAGAUCUAAUUUUCCAUAAAUUCUGUAGUAUAAGCUUGACUGGGAGUAGUCAGUCUUCAGUUUUAGACAAGUCUUAGCAGUAAUGAAGAGAGCAGAAGUUCAGCAUAAUACAAAAAAAUAAGGUGUAACCAUCAGUAGAAAUAAAAUUGCUUUUAUUUCAACGUAAAAUUUAUGACCCACUUAAAAUGUUGUAUAUUGAGAAAGUUUUUCUCCAUAGUUAUAACAGUUUAUUAGGCUACUGACAAAGAAAUUAAAAACUGCCUCCAUUAAAAUGUUCCAAAGCAAAGCCAAUAUUGUGGAUCAGAGAGAACACAAAGAGGAAAGAAAAAGUCAAGGGUCAGGGACUUUUAAAAAGUCUUGCUUUCUGAACACACCUGUGGAACCAAACUUUGAAGGUUCUGGAGAAAAAUUUCCAUUUUCUUUCUGAAAUGGGUAUCUGUGACUGGAUUAUGUGAGAAUCUCUUGCUUGGAGCUUGGAAACUUCAGUUUCCAUUGGUCUUAACUGGAACCAAAUGCUUAAUGUCACAUUACUGUAUUGCUUACUGUAUCCAUAUAUCUUGUAUGAAUAUUCCAUGUAUGCACAUAGAGACUACCCAUCAUGGCAUAUGGAAUUUGACAGCA